CUGAUCUAAACACGCGGAUGUUAACUGAAAACUGCUUAACCCCAUCUCUUUUCUUUAAUACUUCUACCAAAGCUGUCAGUACCCAGAAAUUAUAUUGGAAAUGACUGAAAAGCAUAAACUGAAAGAUAGCCUGUUUGGAAUUAUAGAUAUUGUGAGGGUUAUUGGGGGGCUUAUUUUUUUGAAUGCAUUCUUAUCGUGGUGGUUUACUUCCAGUUCGACAUGGGGUUAUAAAGGUAAAUGGGUUGACCAUAGAUAUUUAGCAUUAAGAUUAACUAAUAGCUAUGUAAACUUAACCACCGAAGAAUUAGCAUUAUAUAAUGGAACUGAUCAAAAUUUGCCCAUUUAUCUUGCGAUCAAUGGUAAAGUCUACGAUGUUACUAAUGGUAGAGCCUUUUAUGGACCUCCAGCAACCUAUUCAUCUUUCAGUGGAAAAGAUUCUGCCAGAGCAUUUGUGACUGGAUGUAUCAAGUCACCUGAACAAUAUACGCAUGAUUUACGAGGCAUAGAGCCAACGAAGGCAGCUAAACAUAUUGCUGAUUGGCAAAAAUACUAUGAUGACAGUGAUAAAUAUUGGUAUGUCGGAACCGUUCACCAUAAAGAACUUACAGGAGAGCCACCAGCUCCAUGCAAAGGUGCUCCAUAUCCAGGAAUGACAUCAGAUUUUUGAUUUAGAUAAAUUUGCUUUUGCAACUAAUGUAAAUAUACGAAGUUUCUAAUAUGUGUAUCUAAUAUAUGUAUCUAAUAUAAGAG